AUGGCUCUACCCUAUGCUGUCGAUUUCCUAUUUCCCACAGCAUCUGGCUGCAAAGCCGCCGUCGAGGAAAUGCAGACGAGCAGCGGGCUAACAUUCGCUCUUCAGGCACUUCUCAGUCGACAUGAAUCCUACGUUUCCGAAUCGCAGCACGAGCAUCGGCGCCUAACGGCUUACAUCACCGAGUUGGAAAACGAAAGGGCGGCUCUGCAGACCACAAACGACAAGAUAGUGGAGGAAAAUCGCCAACUCUUGACGCAACUCGAAACCGCCAACACAUCCCUCAAGGAGAGUGAUAACCAUGUCAAGAGCCUUGAAGCACUGCUUCGUGACUGCGAACUCGAGGUUCGGAGAUUGAACGUUCUGAGCCGGCGCACAGAAGAAUUGGAGCUCAAAAUCCUCGACAUGGAGAAGGAACGAAUGGCCAUGACCCAACAAGCCGAUGAAGCGAGGGGCGAAUUCCGAAGCACGGUCAAGCGGUGGAGAGAGAGCGAGAUCAAAGUCCGCCAGCUUGAGCGUGACGUUCAAAGAAUCGAAUGGGACGCGAAGGAGGACAGAGAACGCUACGAAGAGAUCAUUGCCAGGCUGGAACGUGAACGUGUCUUGGAGAGAGAACUAGGUGGUGCGGAAGGCCGUCUGAAAUCCGCUGCUGCCUUCAGAGGCCUAAACGCAAAUGAAAAGAACACAAACGUGGUCGGCCAUUUUGUUAGGGACAUCCUGCAAGACAAUGCAACUCUACAGGCUGGGAUCGUCGAGCUAAAGGAGCUGCUUCAAGCGUCGAACGAAGAAGUACAGAACCUGAGAGAGCAGAUCCUGGAGCAUCAGCCUGUGGAUGACGACAACUCCGGCGCCAUCCCAGGGUCAGUCCCAUUGAGCGAUCAACUUGGGUGGCAACAGCCUUCUCCGAAAGUGCAACAAUCAGUUCAUGUCCACCACCAUUACCACGCCAAACUUGCGAAGCGGGACAGGGCGCCAACGGUUCGAAGGUCAUCCCGUAAGAGGGCAGCGGUGGGCUUGGGUUUUCUGCCGUCGACCCCAGAGUCUUCGGCACCUACAACGCCAAUUGCGGGUCCUCAUCGAUUUGUCUCCAGCCCGGUGUUGCCUAUUGCUCUCCAUCAGCCACAGGCAAUGAAGAAACGUUGGUCUGUGCAAUCCGCCGCAACAAACUCGUCUAUGAUCUCCAGUUUUCCAAGCUCUCCGCGGUCAUAUUUGGAGCAAUCCAGCUCCAUCUUCGAUCGGCUGGAAGCUGGGGAAGAUUCGUCCAGGCCCACGAGUCCCGAGUCUGCUGGCUCCUUCGCAUCUCCUUCGUUGAACAAAUACGAUAAGAGGACCCAAAACCUGCUUGCAGAGGAGGAAGUCGAAGAUAGCGCCACAGGAGUGUUUGCGAAGGACAUAUAUGCAGACUUGGAAGAUGGCGCGAUUGUCCAUGGAGAAGAGGCCAAAGAAUCAGCGUCGCAUGACCUCACUCCCAAGCCUUCACAGAUUCUUGUUGCUGGUGAAAGGAUAAAUCACACAAUACAACCAGACCCACUGGAACCUGAUCCGACCGAUCAGCUGUGUGACGGCCGGGAACCAGAACCACCUGAUAUAGUCAUCGAAGGGGAACUUGUGCCCAAUUUACCAAACGAGUCAUCAGCAGAAACGCAGAAUAACGGUAUGUGUCCCUCGACAACUUCCUAUGAUCUGGAUGUUACCUCCGACGUUGCCAAUCCAUCGAGUCUUCGACGGACGUCGUCGCACGACUCUCUAGUGUCAAUCUCUGGCAUGGAUAUACAUAUUGCCAAGCGACCGACUUCUUCGGCAUCUCAGUCUUCGAGCACAUUGAGGGGUAACAAGGCAUACUUCGCUCUUUCCCCAUCUGCGACUCGAAGGAUCGCUUCUGCGCAACCAUUGGCCACGGUGACAGAGUACACCGCGCUGAGCUCGAUGGCAUCGUUGAGCUCAGACUCAGCAAGCAAUGUGUCAGCUGGACAUCAACUGCCGCAAAGGAGUGUAAGCUCGAGUGUAAUAGCAUUGAGCGGUCUUGUGGACCUUCCACCCCCACACUCUGAAGACCAGCCACCUGCAUCUUCCGGGUUGGGGCGUCUGCUGGGGGGUUUGGUGCGAGGCAGAUGGGGCAUUGCCCCAAUCAAGUCAAGUGCCGACUUGACAUCCUCGGCCGCUUCGAUCACGACCUCGUCAUCGAGCGAAACCCAGCCACAAGCUUCGUCUCCUUUCUCCUUCAUGGUUGGAAGGCCUCCUGGGAUCAAUCAGAAGGGACCUAUACCCGGUUUCAAGCCAGCGCCCAAAGUCACCGGUGUACAAGUGACCAUGGUUAAUGAGGAGGGGCUGAAGGAGAGUUUGGCAGAAGGUUGA